CCCAGUCGUCCUAGGUACCUACGUGUUAUAUGUAUUAGGUGGUGUAUGGUAUACGGGUAUUCAUAUCCAAAUACUUAGUAUACGAAUGUGCGUUGGUUUAUUAGGUGGUCGUACUCGUGCUCGUGCCCGUUUCUUGUACCCAGUCAUAGUACGCGACGACGAUCAAUCAGUUGCAUUCGCAGUUGUGAAGCGAAAGCGAAAGUGAUUUGCGAACCGCUUCACCACACCACGCCACGAUACGACGUCUAAUAAAGAUGUGGCAAGUUUACCUUUACGUUUACAUUUUAACGGCGCUGAUAUGGACUCCGGUAACGCAAUCGCGUCCAUCUCCGUACGAUCCGGAUGAUACGAGUUUGGCCAACUUGCUACCGUCCCAGAGCCAGGGCGAGGGCCAAGGCCAGGGCAAGCAAUUCGAGGCGUUCUAUCCUCGAGAAGCGUACGGAGUGAAAAACGGCGCCGCUCGGCCGUCGCAUGGCCACGGCAGCUAUUACAAAUUCAGAAAUCCGGCUCUGGUCGAUGCGAAAAAUUCUCCAGCCUAUGGUUAUCGAUUCGACGGCGGACGUCGCUUCAAUUUUGACGAAUGACGCGAUCAAUCACCACCAUUAUCCACUACUUGGUUGCUACAAUGCUACAUCUAUUGCUUUUUUUGCUCGUUUGUUUUUGUAUUUUUGUAUUUUUGUAUUUUUUUUUUUGAAUUCAUACCUUUUUAAAGCAAAUUUUAGUUUUUAUCGCUCUUAAUUAUAAACGGUCUCUCCUGUUAUUAGCUUUAGCUAUUGGAGAGACCUAAAAUUGUAAAAUAAAAUAUAAUAAAAAAUAAAAUAAAGAUAUCUAUCUACAGCAUA